AUGUUUUACAAACUUACUUUAUUGGCAGCUCUAUUGGCCAUAUCGAAUGCCGCACUGCUGCCCGUUAAACCUGUGGCCAAUGAGGAUACUUACGAUGCACAUCCUCGCUACUCUUUCGGCUACGAUGUGCAGGAUUCCAUCACGGGCGAUGUCAAGUCACAAACGGAAACGCGCGAUGGAGAUACGGUGGAGGGUCAGUAUUCGCUGAACGAUGCGGACGGCUACAGACGAAUCGUGAAGUAUGUGGUUGCUGGCGAUCGGGGCUUUACAGCCACAGUGCAUCGCGAACCACUAGCCAGAGCGCCACAACUGGCAGCACCAAGGCCCGCGGCAGUGGCGGUGCCGAUAAUCGCUCCUAAAAAGCAACUCCAAAAGCUGCCAAUGCUGAAGUCGUAUGUGCAGCCAGCCGCAUACAUUAAAACGUAUAGCUCGCCCGCAUUCAUUCACCAAGCACCUGCCGCGGUGGUUCAUGCCUCACCAGUUCAUUUGGCCUCCGCUGCUCACAUCGUUCAUGCCGCACCUGCCGCCAUCGUUUCCCAUCACUCACCGGCGCUGGUGAAGACUCUUCAUGCGUCACACCCGCAUGCCGUUUCCUAUGUGUUUUAG